GUUUUAUUUCACAUGACUCAAAUAUUUUGUUCUUAUCUUAUCAGUUGUGAAAUAGUUAACCUGGAAUCAUGGAGCGGCACAGAAACCCCUUUACCUGUUACUUUUGUCAUGAAAAAAUCGAAAAUGAAACAGAAAUGGGACAUACAUCGGUUUGUGGCAACGUUUUGGUACCUUGCCCCAACAAAUGUGGGUCUUAUGUGCCUCGAAUGGAAAUGUCUUUGCAUAAAAAAGAGUGUUUAAAUCGAGCGAGCCGAUCCAUGACGCGUCACACCACAACAACGGAAACGUACGAAGAUGCAUCUAGAAUAAGCAAUAGUUCGAUUAAGGAAUUACAGCACGAUUUUCACAAACUUUCGACCAGAUUAGCCAAUUAUGAGGUGGCGUCGAGACCGAGUCAAGACUUGGACAAGUUGAAAUACCAAACUCAGUUGCUUUUCGAGUGGAAAAAAGCGGCCGAUUUUAAAUUAGACACUUUAACACAGUCGAUAAACUCACUAGAGAAGAGUCGAAACGAGAGUGAAUAUCACUGGAUGAGUCUUCAGAAGAAUUUAAUGAAUUUCGAUAAGCUCCAAAUGGAUAUAAACCAAGCAACUGAGUCGUUUCUCAAAGAACAAAAUUACAACCGACAGGCCAAUCUCGAAUUUGCUAAAAACCUCGACGAACUUAAAGAUUUCUUCGAGCAGGAAAAUGCCACUUUUAGUGGCUUGUGGGCCGACCAAAAACGCUCAAUUUCCCACAUACAAGACGACAUCAGUUUCCUCAAACAGCAUUUUGAAGAAAUGAAAACGAAACAUGUAAGUGUGGUGUUUGACAUCAAGACAAUCAGUCAAAUCGCAUCAGAAACGGCCGAAAAAUUUGAAAUUCAAGACCGCGAAUUUGCGAAAUUCAGACAACAAUUCGAUCAAAUGAAACUCGACUUGGAAAUUCUAGAGAAUUUAGCGUCGAAUGUUGACAGAUCAAGUCCAGGCCACCUCAUAUGGAAAAUCACCGAUUUUGAGGCAAAAAUGUCCAAAUCAAGAGACUCAAAUACAGUGAUCAAGAGUCCCAUUUUCCACACCCACAAUUUCGGAUACAAAAUCAGGGUUUUAGUUUAUUUGAAUGGUUUGAAAAAAUGGAAAGAUCGCUACUCUUUGAUCUCAAUUCAUGUUCUCAAAGGCGAUUUUGAUGCUCUUUUGAAAUGGCCGUGUCAUAUUGAAGGGACUGUGACACUUAGAGAUCAGGAAAAUGGGGCGAAAAAUUUCAACAAACAUAUCGUGGCUAAAAGACAAACCGGAGAUGAGGAAAAUGAGGAGCCGCAAGAAUCAUCCUUUUCCUAUAUUUUCAUACCUCAUGCCACACUCACCAAAGCGCAUCACUUGAAAAAUGAUGAAAUUUAUCUCGAAGUCAAGAUCGAACAAAAUACGAAAUUGCUAACAGAAACUACCUUAUAACAACAGAGUUUUUAUUAAAGAAAUAAAAAUGUGGGACAGAAUUCAAUUUUUAAUUAUAAAAAUGUCUGAAAAAAGUUCUCACCCCCGAGAAUAUAUUUAUCAAUAGUGAACAUUGAAACUUUUGCAGAAAUUCUAAUUUCUGAUGAUUUU